CGUAAAGCAAUGGGAUAACUGUACACUGUUGAUAGAAAUAAGUGGAGAUUGAAGACAAUUGUAGCAAAUUUUACUACGGUCAAAAAACAGGGUACAAAGUGCGGCAUUUGCGAUUUUCUAAGCCGCAACACUUUGUCACUUCUGGUGUAAAGUGUUUUUGUAAACGUAAAGAGAACCUAUGCUAUAGCUUGUCACCAUUCUGACGGUGAGGCGAGAAAGCAAGCGUUAGAAGAAGAAUAGCGUUGGUUUAGCCAGUCAUUGCCAUGGCCUCCGAUAGCGACAGCAACAUGGACAGAGAAAUGAUUCUGGCUGACUUUCAGGCUUGCACUGGAAUCGACAACAUUGCUGAGGCAAUAACCCUUCUAGAGCUCAACAACUGGGACUUGGUGGCUGCCAUCAACAGUGCGAUUCCCCAGGAGAACGGCAUCUUGCAAAGUGAGGCCAAUCUCUUCAGCCCCCUCAACCAAUCAGAAGCAGCCGAGCCGGCGUCCGCUGCUGCGGCGGGUCCUGCUCCUCCCCCCUCCUCCUCGUCUUCCUCCUCCUCCCCCGCGUCCUCCUCAGCCUUCUGCCCCACCCUCCCGUCCCGACACAUCGUGGAGCGACAGCCCCGCAUGCUCAGCUUCAGGGUGGAGUACCGACAGCGUACCGUGGAGGUGGUGCUGGAGGAGGCCAGCACCGUCGGUGAAAUCAAACAGAUCCUGGAGACAGAGCUGGGGGUUCCAGUAUCUAAGAUGCAGCUGAAAGGAUGGAAGAGUGGAGACGUGUCUGACAGCACGGCACUGAGAAGUUUACACCUGCCCAAGAACAACAGCCUGUAUGUCCUGACCCCUGACAUCGCCCCUACUGCCAGCACCAGCCAAAACAGUGCUCUCCAUGAGUCAUUAAACCAGAACUUCCUGUUGGUCAUCAGUCAUGGCGAGGCCCAGAGAGAAUACAACCUGAACUUCCCUGGGAGCAGGACUAUACAGGAGGUGAAGAGGAACGUUUCCGACCUGACCAACAUCCCUGUCAGACACCAACAGUGGGAGGGCUGGCCCGCCUCCUCAUCAGACGACUCGAUGACGCUAGCUGUGUCUGGGAUCAGCUACCCCUGUCAUCAUCUGAGCGUCUGCCGGAGGUCCUCGCCAGCCACCACCCAGGAGCCCACAGAAGAUUGUGUAGACGUCCAUAUGAUCAGCGACAGCGAGGGCGACGACUUCGAGGACGCAUCAGAGUUCGGCGUGGACGAAUCAGAGAUGUUCGGGAUGGGCUCCUCCACCUGCCGAAAAACACCGAUGAUGCCCGAGAACAGCGAGAACGAGGGCGAUGCCUUACUGCACUUUACUGCCGAGUUUUCAACAAGGUAUGGAGAAUGCCAUCCCGUUUUCUACAUCGGAUCACUGGAGGCAGCAUCUCAAGAGGCCUUCUACGGCAAAGCCAGAGAUAGGAAGCUGAUGGCCAUCUACCUCCACAACGACGAGAGCGUGCUCAGUAACGUGUUCUGCUCCCAGAUGAUGUGCGCUGACUCCAUCGUGGCCUACCUGAGCCAGAACUUCAUCACCUGGGCCUGGGACGUCACCAAGGAGGCCAACAAGGCCAGACUCCUCACCAUGUGUACCCGGCACUUUGGAAGCGUAGUAGCCCAGACCAUUCGCACCUACAAGACGGACCAGUUCCCUCUGCUGCUCAUAGUCAUGGGCAAGCGCACCUCCAACGAAGUUUUCAACGUCAUCCAAGGCAACACGACGGUGGAUGAGCUGAUGAUGAGACUAAUGGGCGCCAUGGAGAUCUUCACAGCGCAACAGCAGGAAGACAUCAAGGAUGAGGACGAGCGAGAGGCCAGGGAGACAGUGAAGAGGGAGCAGGAUGAGGCUUAUCGCCUCUCUCUAGAGGCCGACCGCAAGAAGAGAGAAGCGCAGGAGAGAGAAGAGGCAGAACAGGUUCGCCUGGAGAGGAUGAAGAAAGAGCAGGAGGACGAAAAGGAGGCUAUUCGUCUCUCCCUGGAGCAGGCCCUGCCGGCAGAGCCAGUGGAGGAGGGGGGGGAGCCGGUCAGCAAGCUGCGGAUCCGCACGCCCAGCGGGGAGUUCCUUGAGCGCCGCUUCCUGGGGAGCUGCAAGCUGCAGGUCCUGUUUGACUUUGUGGCCUCCAAGGGCUUCCCCUGGGACGAGUUCAAACUGCUCACCACCUUCCCCCGCAGAAACAUCACUCAGAUGGACCCAGGCUCCUCUCUACUGGAGGCCAGACUCUUCCCACAGGAGACUCUGUUCCUGGAGGCUAAGGAGUAGGCCUGGCCUGGCCUGGCCUGGCCUGGGCCACCGUGGCCUGGAGGUGGACAUGGAACUGACGUACACACAAACUGGCUGGACACACUACGCAACUAGCAUGGUUCCAGUUGGGUCUACACAACACACACAUUUGUAUCUUUAAAAAAAAUAAAAAAUGCAUACAUUCUCACCGUCACAUGACACUAUAGACACACACACACAUCCGGACACACAUCCGGACACACACACACAUCCGGACACACAUCCGGACACACAUCCGGACACACACACACAUCCGGACACACACACACACGUGCUUCUCUGGUGCCUGGUGUACACGUUAAGCACAGAGAAGAAAGCGCUGUCAGUUACACAAGCACACAGCCAAACCCCCACGACCCCCCCCCCUUCACCCCCACUAUUCCACCUCCCCCCCCCCCACACACACUACUCCACCCCUCCACCUAACUGCCGAAUCGUGCUUUUCUCUCCACACGUUCAGUUUGACCACGAUGAAGCGAGCAGGACUCCGGCUAGAAAGCCCGGCCACGCCCCGACCCCCCUCGCCCCCCCCACCCUGCCCCCCCACCAGGGCUGCUGCUGUUGGCUUUUUGUGUUUCAAUAAGAGCUAAAAUACACAACAGACACACAAAGUGACAUUUUUUCUGGAGAAGGCUGGACUAUCUCAUCAUCUGAUCAGGUUGGACUAUCUCAUCAUCUGAACUUGCAUUCGGCCCCUAUGAAUGCUCCCCCCCCCUCCCCCCUCCCCAGCCCCCUCUAGAGAUGACCCCCCCCCCCUGGUUUUUAAUUCCACUGCUCCACAUCUGCCCUGUUCUCUACAAUAGAUUUUUUUUUUUCUUUUUUUUUUUUGAUCCUUUUUAAGUUUGAUGCUGUAUUAGUUUUAGUUUGAUAUACAUUAUAUAAAAUAUAUAUGAACAUG